AUGAACGCACAGAGGAAGUUCAGCAUUGGGAAUAACGCUGUGAUACCGACGUUGUUGAAUGCCCAAUUGAAUCAUGUUGACUUGUUUGACUUGGAGGAGUCCCAGCCGUUGGAAUUGAAGACCAAUAACAAAAACCAGUUGGACAUAUCCAAGUUAUGUCUCGAGCAUAAACUUUCAAGCAUCUCUUCAGCUCUGAUGACGAACAGUCAGCUGGGCAAAGUCAUUGGAGGGAUCCGUGACUUGGAGCAGACUUUGAAUAGAGUCAAUAUCAGAUCAAAGAUGAAUCACAUCCUGAUAGUGACCAAGUUACAGGAUCCUGAGCCUGUGAAAUGGGCCUCGACCGUGUCAAAGUUCCUCCUGGGUUAUAACGAUGAGAUCAAAGUCUAUAUCGAGGAUAAGAUUGAAAACUCGGCUGUUUAUGACAUUGAGAGUGUAAAGAGUGUGAGUUCAAGUGCUGCCUCAAGGAUAAGGAUAUGGCAAGCAGACAAAUGCUUUUACAGACCUGAAAUCUUUGACCUUGUGUUAACAUUUGGUGGUGACGGUACGGUGCUAUAUGCAUCUUGGUUAUUUCAAUCAACAAUUCCUCCAGUGUUGCCGUUCUGCUUGGGGAGCUUGGGGUUCCUGACAAACUUCAGCGUGGCAGAUUUUGAAGAGACUCUGACCAGGAUCAUCCAAAAGGGUUAUCAAUGCUCCAUCAGAAUGAGAUUCGAAUGCACGGUUAUGAGAUCAAAGCACCCAGAUGAUCCAACUUACGAUUUGGUUGAGGAAGUUGGCCAACUGGGUAAAACUGCAGAUGCCACGCACGACAUCGAAGAGACUUACACCGUGUUUAACGAAGUUGUUGUUGAUCGUGGUCCAAACUCCACCAUGACAUCCUUGGAGAUGUUUAGCGACCGUGCUGCCUUGACCACAGCAGAAGCUGAUGGACUGAUCAUAUCAACACCUAGUGGUUCAACAGCAUACUCCUUGAGUGCAGGCGGCUCUCUUGUGCACCCUGAGAUUCCAGGGAUCUUAAUCUCCCCAAUCUGCCCACAUACCUUGUCUUUUAGACCACUCGUCAUACCUGACAGUAUCGUUCUUAGACUGGGGGUGCCAUACGAUGCCAGAAGUACAGCGUGGUGCUCAUUUGAUGGUAGACAACGUGUUGAGUUGUUCAAGGGAGAUAUCAUUACAAUAACUGCAAGCAGAUACCCAUUACCUUGUAUCAAGAAGCAUGGUAUCCGUGAUGAUUGGUUUGAACGAUUAGGCUCACAGUUGCAUUGGAAUGAGAGAAAGCACCAGAAGCCUUUUAAUAAGUCUGGCCUCGACUUAAAGGAGAAAUGA